CAAUGCGAAUUCGUGAUUUACGGAUCGAGUCGUCUGUGGUAGACCAGCCGUGCAAAGUAUCGAGGAGCCUUCACGCUUUGCCCCAUAUUGCGCAGCCCACCAGCACUGCCUUUGUAUCGCUAGGAGAAAGACAGCAUAGGGCAAACGCGAUUCUGCGCAGAAGGUGUGGUACGAAACGCACACAGCAGCGAUAGCGCCGUUCAAGCAUCAGUAGGAGGUGAGGGUGGCGUCCGCAUGCGACGGUAGUGAAAGCCCAGCCCAGGAUACCACAAGACAACCGAGGUGAUCGUACUGCGAGAACCGAGCGAUAGGAGCAGAGAGGCAGCGGGGAAACCAAGCGACGAGAACAGGGCGACAGUGCGCGGACCGAGCGACAGGGGCAGGGAAUAUUCAGCGCUACAGCCGCGCUACAGCCGUGCACUAGCCACUGGAAUUACGCCGUGAUGGGUGUCCGUGCGAUCGUGGCAAUCUUAACGGCUUGCAGCGCGGUGGUUCUCUUCUCGAGUAUUCCGACCGCGCAAAGCAGGCCGCUGGAGGCCUCAUUCGGGCAGGAUGCGACAGCAAGCGUACAGAGAGCACAAGAGUGGCACGGUGAUGGCAAGGCUGCUGACGAUAGCAGGGUUGUUGGAGAGCGGAUGAUGCGGGGAGCUGGAGGCUGGCUCGCCAAACGGAUGACGGGAUUGCCUGCCCGAGGGUCAAGGCUACGAGGAGCUUCGAACACGUCACAUCAUGCGAGGCUGACGUGGCAGAGUAGGCAGUGGAAGAUAAAGCAGCAGCAGCAGGAGUGGACGCGUAGUAAGCAGGUUUUAAAUGCGCAAGGUGCGGAGCAGAUGGGAUCGGACUUGGUUGCUCAAUGGAGGCACGGUAGCACGCAACGCGCAGCACCGAACCACCCCAGCAGGGUGCUGAAGGGACGAGCUGGUGUGUCGAUGCCAAGCCUAGGGGUAACGGCAGGCUUCAAUCUCAUUGGCGCGUUGACAAACUACCUCCCCAUUCCCAAACAGCCGAAAGUGACCGUUGGGAAGGUCGUAUUGCAGGCGUUACAGCUGCGCAUAGGUCGCAACCCGUUGCAGCCCCAGAGUCUAGCGCUGUACCUGAGCGCGCGGCUCAAGGCGUCGGGCAGCAUGUUCAACCCCAACGCGUUCACCAUGCUCGCCGAUAGCAUCCGGAUGAGCGCUAAAUACCAAGGGCAAAACUUGGCGAGGACAAAGCUUCAAGGGGUGCAGGUGAAGGGGCAUGCAACUGCGUCCUUUGCUGCACUGCUGAGCAUCGAUGACUUCCCGAUAGUGUCUCGCACUAGCCUCAGCAUGCUCAUUGCCGUCAAGAACCAGCACCUGCCCUUAGAUGUAUUGAUUACCAUACUCGCCCGAAUUCGUUACAAGGGAAUGACGACGCCACAAGUCAAGACAUAUGUGCGAUGCAAGACCAUCCUGAAUCCUGUCACGGCCAAGUUGAUUUCCCAAGAUUGUGGAAACCCAAGCAUCGGUUUGUGACGUUUUGUUGCCAUGAAAGGCAAGGCCAGCCAUCGCUUGCGUAGAAGCUACAACAACGUUGAUUGCCAAAGGCAUGGCCAGCCAUCGCCGGCGUGGAAUUUGCAACGUUUAUAGCCAAAGUAGAGUAUGUCAGGUAUCACUUUAGUCGAAGUAAUGAUGUACAAUGUGCAACAACAUACC